AUGGUGGAAAGAGCCAAAGUAUUGGAGAAGAACGUGGCAGAAGUAGAACAGCAGAAGAAGCCACAACAGGCGGUUAGGGGACCGGUCUCGUCUAGAAGCAAUUUGAAUAUGAGGAGGACGCCUUACGCUCGUCCAGCGUUGCCUUCUAAUGCUAGUGGGUCUCAAACUCAUUCAGUGGUUGCUGUCGGACGGUCUGGACAGCAAGGGACGGUGACUUGUUUUCAAUGUGGAGGACCCCACUACCGUUCGUCGUGUCCUCAACUGGUGGGAAGAAAGUUUUGCACUCGCUGUAGAAGAAAUGGUCAUCUGGAGAGCAAGUGUAACAUGGGGGGUAGAGCUGCAAUGGGGCCACCAAACGCUGGAAGAGUUCAACAAGGGAGAGGUGGACGAGCGCAAACGACUGGUCGAGUUUAUGCAAUAACGGGCACGAAAGCAACAAGCUCAGGCAACCUCAUUAUCGGUACUUGCUUGCUGUAUGGGAAAUCUUAUUGUGUAUGGUAUGAUUCGGGGACAACACAUUCCUUCAUCUCGAAGGCGUGCUUUGAGAAACUGGGAUUGACAGAGAGUGAGAUGCAGUUCGACUUGGUGGUGUCAACCCCAACGACUGGUGAGGUUAGGACGUCUACUGUUUGCGUUAGAUGUCCUAUAAAGGUUGAGGGACAUAGAUUUAAAGUUAACCUCCUUUGCUUACCUCUUCAAGGUUUGGAGGUAAUUCUAGGGAUGGAUUGGUUAACUGCCAAUCACAUUCUUAUAGAUUGUGGUGAGAAGAGACUGGUAUUUCCUCAUGGAGAGGAAGAGUAUUCGAUAACGCUUGGGCAAAUAAGGCAAGAUAUCAUGGAGGGUGCCAGUUGCUUCUUAGUAUUGUCUUAUCUAGAAGCAGCUGAGGACGAACGUUCUGGACGUUCGGUACAAGGCAAAAGGAAGGAUGACCGUUCGGUCAUCAGGGAAUUCAUGGACAUGUUUCCUGAUGAAGUCCCAGAAUUACCCCCUCCAAGAGAAUUGGAAUUCUCAAUUGACUUAUUGUCAGUAGCCGGUCCAGUCUCCAUUACACAUACAAAAUGUCGCCAGCAGAGUUGA